GUAUAAACAGUAUGGAACAUCUUAUAAGUAAUAAAACAGUAGCACCAACAGUUUAAAUAAUCCACUGUACUGUAUCCACUGUUCUAUAUCAGCCAGCAUUAUAUUCAUAUCGCAUAAAUGUAAUUCCUAACUUCGAAUAUGAACUUAUUUUCAUAUUUUUAAUGAUAUAGGAUGGGUUUGAAUAUAAAUUGUUGCCUAGUCUCAUAUUCUUCACGUUGUUGUCGUUCUGAAUGCCAAAGGUGUAAACUAUAUUUAGUGGAAGUUUUUGUAUGUAGGUCGGUACAAGACUUUCGGGUUCGCGAACAGUAAGAGCAGAGAGAGUAGUACAGAAGUAGCAGUUCCGUGCCUGAUAUUCGUAUGCGUUUAUUACAAUUUUGAUUGUUCCAUAUCGUGCAGCGCUAAUUCUGUGGAGGAGAUAGGUUGAAGAUUCAGCUAGUUUGUAUUACUAGUGUUUGCUUUGCUGUUUUAGCUCUAAUGGGUGGAGAUCAUGGGCAUGGGCAUGGCCACGGCCACCCAAAGAUUCCAGAUUGGAGAAUAUAUAAGGUAGAAAACGUUCCCGUACUAAUGCAGGUCAAAGAAGCCCUUGCACAAAAAGGGCUAAAAGAUCCUUGGAUGAGGAAUGAAGUCUGGAGAUAUGACACCAAGCAAUUUGGAUCUACUCUUCCAAAUCUCAGAAGUUUCUUAUUUCGUGGAUUUAAAUAUGGUUUUGCUGCUUUUGUAGUGACAAUUGUGGCUGAAAAAUUAUGGGAGAAAAGUCACCCUAGUCACGGUCACGGACAUGGUCACUAGUUAUAAAGCUAAUAGUGAAAGUAGUUUGUAAAAUGUAUAUAUGAUAAUUAAAGGUUAUGCUAUUAUUAUUAUUAUGAGUUAUUGUUUUCAUUUUUUAGUUAUAUUUUUUUUCUGCUGCAAAAUUAAUUGGAAAUCUCCUGUUUCUCGAAAAUGUGAGCAUAUAUUAUUAUCUUGUCUUGUUAUCACUUUAAAUAGAAUAAUCUUAGGUUGAAAUGUAGUGUACAGUACAACCUAGGGAAAUCAUUUAAACCACUUCGUGCCGUUCUAAGUGUUAACGAGGCAGUUAGGAUUCUGGUGGCUUUCUUGAAAAGUGAUGUCUUAUAAAAGUGAAUUGGUAAUUAUGCGAUGGAUAGACUCAAGGAUAUUUAUAGUGAACGCGAGGGCCGAAGGCUCAAGCCUUGUCGUGAUUUGGAUUCGGGUGAGCGAAACGAGAAAGCCUUUGAAAGUACAUUGGCGUUUCAAUGUGGCAGGGACCAAGCAUAUGAAGGGUGAACUAUGAAAAUCGCCUAUCUGUAAGUUUUAUUCAUUUCUGUUAGAUCAUAUACAGGAAUUAGGGCUUAAGCCCCACCACCACACUUCUCGAAGGUUGUAUUGUACACUAAAUUUUAACCUAAUCUUAAAUUAUGCUGAAAUUCAUUGCUCACAUUAUGGAAUAAAAAUACUGCUACUCUUAAACCAGAUUAAAAGGCUCAGGAAGUAAUAUACAAACAAGAUUUGUGUAUAAAAGAGAAGUUAGUAUUGUAUUAUAUUAUGCAAUGGAUGUCAUAAAUUCCAGUUCCUGGCCAGGAUUGUCGACUUUCCACAUUUAGUAGCAGCUCAUUUUUUUUUGUGCUUCUGCCAAAUGAAUGUUCAUUGCAGAGUUCUUGGUUGAAAUACACUAGACUCGUACAUUAUGUUGAAAAAGGGC